UUUUUUAAGACUUUCCACGGACAGUGGGUGAAUUUUCCGCGGAGCCUGGAAAGUGUGGGUUAAGUGGUUGGGAAUGAUGCACCCCUUGGCCGGCUAGUAGAAAUUUCUAGAGAGACGUGAGUGGAAGAAAAGGAUUUUUCGAGAAAGUCUCCCAAAAAUAGGUGUUUUCGCCACACUACGCUCAUUCUUCUCAAGCCAUUUGCACGAUAACAAUCCCAACGAGUGAAUAAGCGUGAAAAAUGGAAGAUCAAAUUAAUGCAUUGAAGGAAAAGGGAAAUGCCGCCUUGGCUGCAGGGAAGCACGAUGAAGCUGUGGCCGCGUACACGGAAGCCCUGAAGCUGAAUGAUGAGAACUAUGUGAUUUACAGCAAUCGAUCGGCGGCGUAUGUGAAGGCCGGGAAGUUCCAGGAAGCCCUGCAGGAUGCCCAGAAGACGGUGAGUUUGAAUCCAACAUGGGCAAAGGGGUACUCACGCCUGGGGACAGCGCUGAGCUACCUUAAUCGCACAAUGGAGGCAUUUGAGGCGUACAGUAAGGGUUUGGAGUAUGACAGGAAUAACACAGCACUCCUCGCGGGCUUGGAGGAGAUAAAGAAGCGCCUCCUGAGUGAUCUGGCCAGUGAGGUGCCAAUGGAUGUUGAUCCGCCCGCAGCUAAGCCCACACAGGCAAAAGCAACGGCGAAACCCGAAGCGAAAAUCGAUGAGGAUCUUCCGGAAAAUAAACGUCUGGCAAGGAGGGAGAAGGAAGCAGGGAAUGAGGCGUACAAGAAGAGGGAUUUUGAGAAGGCCAUCACACACUACGAAGCCGCCAUUCAGCACGACGCCACGGAUAUUACGUUCUACAAUAAUUUGGCUGCAGUUUACUUCGAGAAGCGCGACUACCAAAAAUGCAUUGCCGAGUGCGAGAAGGGCAUUGCCAUUGGGCGUGAGAAUCGAGCGGAUUUCAAGCUAAUUGCCAAGGCUUUCACACGCAUCGGGAAUGCGUACAAGAAGCUGGAGGAUUGGAAGUCAGCAAAGACGUACUAUGAGAAGAGUAUGUCGGAACAUAGGACGCCCGAGGUGAAGACACUGCUGAGUGAGAUUGAGAAGAAGAUCAAGGAGGAAGAGCGGAAGGCGUACAUUGAUCCGGUGAAGGCGGAAGAGGAGAAGGAGAAGGGGAAUGAGUACUUCAAGAAGGCUGAAUACAGCACUGCCGUUAAGCACUACACAGAAGCCAUCAAGAGGAACCCGGAUGAUCCGAAGCUCUACAGCAACAGAGCGGCGUGCUACACAAAGCUGGCAGCUUUCGAUCUUGGCCUCAAAGACUGCGAAACAUGCGUCCGGCUCGAUGAUAAAUUCAUCAAAGGUUGGAUCCGGAAGGGGAAGAUUCUUCAGGGGAUGCAGGAGCAAUCGAAAGCCCUCCAGGCAUAUCAGAAGGCAUUGGAGCUGGAUCCGUCAAAUGCAGAGGCUCUCGAGGGUUACCGCAACUGCACCAUGGCUGUCAAUUCGAAUCCCGAAGAGGUACUGAAGAAGGCCAUGUCCGACCCGGAAGUACAGCAAAUCCUCCAAGAUCCAGCAAUGCGUCUCAUUUUGGAUCAAAUGCAAGAAGAUCCAAAAGCAGUUCAAGAGCAUCUCAAGAAUCCAGCUAUUGCGAGCAAAAUCCAGAAGCUUCUCGAAUGUGGCAUCAUUAAGAUUCACUAAAUCUCUCAUCAUCAUCAUCAUCCUGCUGUGCAGUGGGAAUUUGCAAACAAUUUACAAAAAAUAAAUUUCUUUCCAAAACAACGCGCGUGUUUCAGCAACAAUUUCAGCAAAGAAAAAUAAAUAUUCCUUUACAAUUUAGUUCUUAAACUUAAUUAAUUAAUAAUAUACUUUAUAUUGGGAUACACAGAUUUUAUGAAAUUAUAAAAAUGAUCUAAUUUUCAAAAUAAAAUAUAAAUUGAUCGAAAUAAAA